GAGAGGAGUCGGCGUCAUUGAUGCUCUGCUGAGGGGAAAUGAGAGCAGCGGCUUUUCCUCCUGUCCGUCUGUCUCCCUACAUUUGUGUUUUUCUCCCCCCUCUCCUCUCUAAUUGUCUCCCGUCCUGGCUGCCGCUGCAAUGUGGCUGGCUCUGCAGUGAAAGUACUGGCUGGCUGGAUUCUCCUUGACUGAACCCUGACUGUGCGCAGUGUGUGUAACUCCGCUGCUGUCCUAUCCACACUGACUCAGCUGUGCAGCCUGCUGGCCUGUGAGAGAGCACCGGCUGCAGGAGCAGUCUCUUUCACAGGAGUGUAGUGGGGGCUGGCGGUCAGGCUCCUCACCCCCAGCUGCUGCAGGGGCACAGCUUGGACUUGUUUGGGCUGAAGACACCCAGACAGCAGCUUCCAGAUUUAAGUCCAGUAUACCAGAGAGGAUAAGUUGCUGUAAAGGAUAUUUUACAAGUUCUCUGGAGCCCGCUGGAUUCUGCUGCAGCAAUUCUUUUGGAGCUGAUCUUGCUGCCAUGGAGGUCCAGUGGGCCGGGGUUGAAGUCCAGAGGAUGGGCCCUCAACACACAGCUGUCGGCCUGAUCUUCCCUCUGCUGCUUGGCGCGUGGUAUGUCCAGGGCCUGGAAAUGUCUGUGGGGAAGAUUCCCUUCCUGCAGGCGGUGAAUGGCAGCACAGUCUUGUUGCCUUGCACGUACUUGAGCUGUAUCGGCAUUAAAGACCUCUACUUCAGCUGGACGUUUAAUGAAAAUGGCACCAUGCAGAAGGUGUGCGAUUCCAUGAUAGUGUCAGAGGAGUCGAAGCCAGAAGUGAAUAUAUAUCGAGAGCGGGUGGAGUUCAUUGGGAAGAACAUUGACCGCAACGUCUCCAUCUUGCUGUGGAACAUCACCUUCGAGGACGCAGGCGAGUGGACUUGUUUUGGACGCAACCCCAAAGAAAAGGGCCGGAACCACAGCACCAUCUUCACCCUCAUCGUGGUGGACGAGUUGAGGGUGGUGGACAACACACUGACCAUCAUCAUAGCCUCUGCUGUGGGCGGAGGAAUCGCAGGGCUAAUGGCCUUCAUGUUGCUCAAGAACUUCACUCUUUUUGUUCUUGCCAAGCUUGAGGAGAAAAAUAAGGAGUGCCUUGUAACUUCAUCAGGGAUCGACAACACAGAAAAUGGCCUCUCAGGAUCCAAAGCUGAUUCAAAACCAACACCAAAAAGGAAAUGAGAAAGUGCACGUAUAUAACAGCAUAUAAGUACUUAUAAUGAUGUACUGUUGCAUAUAUUUGUAUAUGCACACGUGUUUGCACACAAGCAAAUUCAUUAUGUUUAGGUAGGUUCUUAAAAACUGCCUGGCUGUGGCCUUCAAAGGUGAAUACAUACAUGUGCACACAAUGCUACUGCAUGUGCACGGAAAGGUAGCUGUGCAGAUGAUAUACAACUAUAGCUUGUGCAAGUCAAUGCACACAAAAUUAUUAAGAAAACAAUAUUUAAAGGAUAAUGUCACCUACCAUAAACACUUAUCCUCUAUAUACUGUAUAGGAUUCAUAUGUACUGCCCACCUUCCACCUGGAAUCCCAAAGACCCUUUGCCAACACAUUACCAGAAAAAACAACUGAAAGGUGUCUUUGUUUUUCUUUUGUGUGUGGCUUGCUGUAUCUUAUGAAAUGUCCCUAUUAAAGUUAAUCUGCACUUUUACUUAAUGUGACCUGGUGGCACACAGAGCCUGUAUAUCAGGUCCAAAAAGCAACUAGGAAAAACACUGUUACCAAGUUGCCCCUGGUUAGUUAACAACUUAACUAUUAAAAAAAUAAUAGUCUGGAAAUUCUUCAACUGAUCGAUUCCCCACUGUUCGGCAGGCUCUGUAAAAUAUAAACACAUCAACAUUGUAUUAGAUUUGUUGAUUUAUUUCUGGAUUUUUGGUCUUUUUAAAGAUUCCCAGUGGUCAUCAUCUGAUACCUCCGCACCUAAAAGCAUGCUUGUUAAUGAGCAUUAAGCUAAGUGUCUCUGGUUGGUGGUUUCUUGUUGAAUUGGUUACAUUAAAACCAAAGUAUGCACACAUUUUAUUAGAUUAUGGGAAUGUUUGUGUGAAUGUUAUUUAUUGUGUGUGUGUGGGUUUAUUCAAGAAAAAAUACCAGCAGUUGUAUAUCAUUUUGCACAUAUCAAAAUCUGUGGCCACAGCCAGAGUACAUACACAUUUAAACUUUGACUGUUUUCAUCCGAAGUCAAAACAAUAUUUUUUUGUUUAAGCGCUUGAGACAGGAUAAAAUGCAAUGUAGUUAUAGCUGGGCUGAAUCCCUCUUUAACAAACACCAAAUUCAAAGUAUCCCUUUGAUGAGAUGGACAUCUGAGUCAACAUCAAAUUAUAUGAUGUGAUGUCUGAUUUAUUCAAACAACUAACAAAACAAAGUGUUCUUUGUGACAGAAUAUUAUAGGACUCAGCCCAGCUCUUCAUCCUGUACCUUUCUGCUUGAUAUAAAACACAGGUGCCUGUUAGUGCUUCUAUGCUCCUCUGCCAGCGGGGACAACUACAUAUUGCAAAACAGUUUAUAAAGCUCAGCAAAAAAGUAAUAAUACAAUAAGCUUCUGAACUGACAUGAUAGACAAUCCCUUAAAAACAACCCCACCCCUAGAAAAUGAAUGACCCUCCGAUGAUGCUGCUUUUAAGACAAAUAACCAAUGCAUUUUAAGCAUGUGCAACACAAGCCAGAUUUUAGAUACAAUGCUUGAAAACAAAAACACUUCCUUUUUGGAGAGGAAACAUGCUCCGAUGUACUAAGACUAAUAGAGUCAGCUCUGAGGUUAACUGUAAAUCCCAUUGUAUGCCAUGCUAAUUUCAUUGUGCUAACCCUUGCUAAGGCUAAGCACUUUUUGGUGACGUCGCCCUGGACACUGUAUGCCUUGAUCAAACAUAUAUUAGUACGGGCCACCUUGUAAAACAUGACUUGUUUCUUCUUAAACAGAAACAAAUCAGUCUGUGUUUUGCAAUAAAUUCACAGCAGUGAAAAGAUGAUCCUGCCCAUGCAUUCAGUAAAUUAACACCUAUUUCAAAUGUUAUCAACCCAUUAAAUGGCCGUUUAUCAGUUGUUAUCACUGCCAUUGAAUUGUAAUGCUGUGAAAUGGUCGCGAUUUUAAACGUGGAUUAUGUAAAAUGUAACAAAAACACUUUGUUAGGUUUAGAAGAUAAUGGUUUAAGUUCAAAUACGUACAUCAGUCACAUAAGUUAAGUUAUACGUAAGUAAAGUGUGUUACUGCUGUUAAGGACAACAAAGUAUGUUCACUUUCCUUUAUUAUUAAAUAUAGGUCAAGAUUUUAUUCAACAGAGGACACAAAUAGUAAGCCCUUGAUUACAGUUGCAGAGAUUGUUGCUUUAAAAAAAUGUUUAGUCCCACAUUGGCUCCUGUCAUUAUUAUUAUGGCUACUACAUGUUGCAGCUUAACGAUUUUUGAAUGUCCCAGCGUUGGUCCAACUCACCAAUAGAUAAAAAAGGUCUACUGAGCCUACUAUGAGGUAAAUUAGAGCCAUACCCCCUCAAAUCAUUGCUUUGAUGACAACUGGUACAAGGCAUUUAUUCGGCUAAUAAGAUUUGAAGCAGGUGCAUAAACAUCCGUUCAGCCAGCCACUACUUUUUGCAAUAAAUCAUCUUUAGCAACUGCACUGCAGUGAAAAAUAAUUACCAUGGUUGUGCUGACCAUGCAUACAGUAAAUAACCCAUACAUUCAUACUCUAAAUGAUCAUGGGAUGAGGCCUCAGAAAGCUGGCACGGUAUGGGGGCUGUAGUUCAAGCAGGAAAUAAAACAUGCCAAACAGGGAUGAUUCUUACUGAGCAUUAUGUUAGGAGAUGAAUGUAUCUGCAUCACAUACUAAAGGUGAAUACAAUUUCCCCUACAUUUACUGUUGCACAUUUAAGACACUGAAUGUCUGGCUUUAAAAUAAUUACCUCUGGAGAGUGGGACAAAUGUGUGUGUGAGCUCUGGGUCAGAUAUGAUUGUACCUCCCCAGUUUCAGCAGGUGUUAGCUCAGCGUACUGUACACUGUGAGUUUCUGGUGGUGUCUGAAGCUAAUUUUUAUGUUGACAAUAAUGUGCCUCCACAUUAAAAAGACUACAGCCUUUAGUCACUGGCUUGAAGCAAUAUUAUUAAAUGGAUGUGUGUGACACUUUAAAAACACGUUAAUUUUUUUUGUACAUGAUUAUCCAAUGAUGAGAUCAUAGAUGCUUUUUUGCUAUUCGAUGCAGAGCUAAAUAUUUCAAUACCACCCAAUCUGACAUGGUGAGUACGAAGCUAAUAUCUGCUUAGCUUAGCAUAAAUACUGGAAAUGGGGAAACAGCUAGCCUGGCUCUUUACAAAGGAAACAAUCCGCCUACAAACACCUUUAAAUCUCACUAAGCAUGACAUAUCUCAUUUGUUUAAUCUUAAGUGGCACUUAGAGGUGUUGGAAGUUAGAUUUCAUUUUUCAAAAGUGUUUGACAGGGCAAGGCUAGCUGUAUCCCCUGCUGUCUUUAAAGCUAUGCUCAGCUAUCAUUUCAAAAAUAUCCCAUUAAUUAAGUUAUAAACCAGUGGACUAUUUGCUAUAAAAUAUUGAAUUAUUAUUUAGAAAUAAUUAUCAAUUUUGGGCCUAUUUGAUGACACUGAUGGAAAGGCAAAAUUGCAGAAAAAGCUGAGGUCACUUCAUUGUCCCAAUUAUUGGGAUCUUUAAAAAAACAACAACAAGGUCAUUGCAGGUAGAAGGUGCAACGUGUAAUAUAUACAUUUAUCAUAUUCCUUUACAAUGUUAGACUCAAGAGAAAAAAAUCCACCUUGGGGAAGAACUGUAUGAAUUGGGUUUUCAAGAUAUCAGGUCUUAACCUCCGGCUGUUGCUUUAAAAAAUGGAUAGCCUACAAUGUUUAGCAAAUUAUUUUAUGGCAAUCAUUUUUUUUAACUGUUGAAAAGUGGGUUUUCUUUGACUGGCUAAUCUAUGUCAGUUGUUGUCCUGUUAGACUUCAAUGAGUGAAGGAAUUGAGAAUGUUUUUGGGCAGUGAUUGUGUCAAUGAGGGCAAAUGAUGACAAGCAACUCUAUGCAAAUCACAAAAGUGACAGUUUGUCACACUGCACCUUUGAGUUACUGUGACAGUUCUGUGAGCAAUACAACAGUGUGAGAUAUCCUGGAUCAGUGGAACAUCCAGAGAGGAGUUUGGAGUGGACUCGAGCCCCUGUACUCGAUCAGACCCUGCAGAACGUACAGACUCACCAAGUCAUGCUCCACCGCUGCUCUCUGCACGCUGUGUCUCCAUUUUCAACCUUUCAUCUGUCCAUGAGCUCUUAAUGUCUUUAUUAUAGAAACACAAAAUCUAAUAAAGUUUUUAAUCAAAUCUGAUCUGUGCUGUUUGACUAUAAAGAUUACAACACUA